CUCCGCUCCAACUGGUCCAAACGAGUGUCCGUAGUAGCAAUCAUGGCAGUGUUGUUAGGACUAUUCACAGGACUUUGUUUUACAGUGAUUUGUGUUAUAGUGCGGCUUCUGAUUGUGAUUCGUUCUGGAUCAAAAUGUAAACCUGGAGAGAAAGGUUCCGUUUGCGUGCUUGUCGUUGCUGGAUCAGGGGGACACACCACUGAGAUCCUGCGUCUGAUGGAGAGUCUCUCUCAGUCCUACAGCCCAAGACACUAUAUAAUCGCAGACACAGACAAGAUGAGUGAAGACAAGAUACGCAUCUUUGAAAACGCAAAGAAAGACACUGGUUCAAAAGGCCAGUUUACCAUCCAGCGGAUCCCUCGAAGCCGUGAGGUGCUUCAAUCCUGGAGUUCCUCUGUGAUCUCCACUCUGAACGCCCUGCUCUACGCCGUUCCUCUGGUGUUCAGGCUCAGGCCAGACGUGGUGCUGUGUAACGGCCCUGGGACCUGCGUCCCUCUGUGCGCGGCAGGACUUCUCCUGGGCCUCCUGGGAUUGAAGAGAGUCCUGCUUGUCUACGUUGAGAGCAUCUGCAGAGUGGAGAGCCUAUCCCUGUCCGGGAAGAUCCUCUAUCACGUCUCAGACUACUUCUUUGUGCAGUGGUCCACCCUGAAAGACAAAUACCCCAAAUCAAUUUACCUCGGGAGAAUAGUCUGACUCUGGGAGGAUAGUCUGACUCUGGGAGGAUAGUCUGACUCUGGGAGGAUAGUCUGACUCUGGGAGGAUAGUCUGACUCUGGGAGGAUAGUCUGACUCUGGGAGGAUAGUCUGACUCUGGGAGGAUAGUCUGACUCUGGGAGGAUAGUCUGACUCUGGGAGGAUAGUCUGACUCUGGGAGGAUAGUCUGACUCUGGGAGGAUAGUCUGACUCUGGGAGGAUAGUCUGACUCUGGGAGGAUAGUCUGACUCUGGGAGGAUAGUCUGACUCUGGGAGGAUAGUCUGACUCUGGGAGGAUAGUCUGACUCGGGGAGGAUAGUCUGACUCGGGGAGGAUAGUCUGACUCUGGGAGGAUAGUCUGACUCGGGGAGGAUAGUCUGACUCGGGGAGGAUAGUCUGACUCGGGGAGGAUAGUCUGACUCGGGGAGGAUAGUCUGACUCGGGGAGGAUAGUCUGACUCGGGGAGGAUAGUCUGACUCGGGGAGGAUAGUCUGACUGUGGAUAGAUUAUCUGGGGUGGAAAAAAGACUACCUUUUUGUCUUUACUGAUACUAUUUCAGCGUGUUACAAAUGGGAACACUUUGUUCAGAUAGAUCAUGUUUAAUAGUGUGUCUGCUUGAUGGACUGUGAUGUAUAUUUUUCUACAAACUCUGGAACAUCGAGCUCUAUACAUAAUAACUACGUAAAGAUGUUCUGGACCACUUCAAUGUGUUAUGAAAUUGGUGUUUUUAUUAUAUGGUGCCGUGUACAGUUUAAAGAAAUACUAACUGGUAAUCAUACCUGAUAUGUAGCUGCUGUAUAUCUGACUUGAGUGAGGUGUUGGUGUAACUACCAUGUGAAUAAAUUACAUUACCUAA